GAGAGUGGAAAUAGAGUAAAACGGACAGCUACCGUCCUCGACUAUGGUGGAUGGAUAUUUAAAUAUUUUUGCGUUUAUUCCAACUAUUCUUUGGUCAGUUGACUUUGUAAGAUAAAAAGCAAAAGAAAAGGGGAGGAAAAAAUUAAAAAAGAAAAACAAAUCGGAGAUGGACAUCAACCAGCUACCGGUGGAGUGCAUUUCUUCCAUUCUGGCGUUCACCUCGCCGAAGGACGCCUGCAGAUCCGCCGCCGUGUCGCCGGCUUUCAGAUCCGCCGUCGAUUCCGACGCUCUGUGGACCAAUUUUCUGCCGUCCGAUUACCAGCAGAUUAUUUCUCAGGCUUCGUCUUCAUCUUCGUCUUUGUUUCUGAAUUCCUUGUCCAAGAAGGCUCUUUACUUCCAUCUCUGCGAUCAUUUGCUUUUCAUCGGCUCUGGAAAUUCGAGUUUUGCAUUGGAGAAAGAGAGCGGCAAGAAAUGUUAUAUGAUAGGAGCAAGAGAUUUAGACAUUAUUUGGGGGAAUUCACCCGAAUAUUGGACAUGGAAAUCCAUCCCUUCAUCAAGGUUUCCUCAAGUGGCUGAGUUAGAAAUCGUGUGGUGGCUUGAAAUCAAAGGAAAGAUAGAAGCUAGAAAUUUAAGUUCCAAAACCAAGUACGCAGCUUACUUUGUAUUCAAUCUUGUGGAAAACCCUUAUUGACGUCAUGGAUUUCAGAUAAGACCUGUUUCUUUAGAAGUUCAUUUCGAAGGGGCAGAGGUUGAAGAGGAAGGGAAGAAAAGGGUAAUUUUGGACCCUCCCCAAGGAUCUCUUUUAGUUUAUGAAGAAAGAUCAGAUGGGUGGAUGGAAAUUGAAAUGGGUGAAAUCUUCAAUGAAUUAGGAGAUGAUGGCUCAAUUGUUUUCCAUUUGAAAGAGAUUGAUAACUUCAUAAGUAAAGGUGGGUUAAUUGUUGAAGGAAUUGAGAUUAGACCUAAAAAUGAUUAAGAAUUCAAUAUUGCAUGAAAAAUUACUUGAUGUGAUUGCCCUUAUUAUUGUAAUUGAGAUACUAGAAAGAGAGAGAUCCAAGGACAUACUUUGUUUAUUUUUUUUUCUUGUAUAUUUGAUGUGCUGAAUUACAAGUUUAGUUUAUGAAAUUUUAAGGUUACGUUU